AUGCAUUCUAUUUUAGGUUUAACAUAUAAUCGGGAUGAUUUGAGAGCACGUCGUAAAGUAUUUGGAUGCAAUGAUAUAGGUUACAAAUGGAACAGCAAGAAUAUUUUACCUAAAGGAAGUCUAUUGAUGGUCGUUCGUAAUGGUAAACUACACGAGAUCGAAUAUAAAAAGCUUGUAGUUGGUGAUAUUCUUCAAGUGAGAGCAGGUGAUACAAUCAUCGUCGAUGGGAUUCUAGUUGAUGGUAGUGUGAAAAUAGACGAAUCUUCAUCAUCUAGUAAAUACGAGUUGCUUCGAUGUGCAACUGACAAAUUUCCAUAUUUAUUAGCUGGUUCUUAUAUUCAGGAGGGUCGUGGAAAAUUAUUAGUAUUGGCUGUUGGUGAACAUACUCAAUAUAAUUCACUGCAAUGCUUAUGCAAACAUCAUUAUUUCUUUAUUGGAUAG